AUGAAUCAUACAAAUUUUAAUAGAGUAGAUCCUAAACGUUAUAAACGAGGGCGGUCCAAAAAUUGUGAUUGUCCAGCAGAAAUGCACAUUAAAAUAAAAUUAACCACCAAGGAUACCAUGAAAAAAGAUACUUAUGUUAAGGUAGGAGAAUAUGAAGACCUAAUAGUUUCUUCAUCUAUAAGCAAUAAUUUCGACGUUAAACAUGUUACUCACGUAGAUGUAGCUAGUUUCAAACAAUGCUGGCCGGAUUUCUUUAAGAAGAAAGUGUUGUCUACACGAUGUUUUGGCAAACAAGUUCCAAAAGAAGACAAGGUUAAUUUCACUAUCAACUCCUUCUACGAGUUCAGCUUUAACUCAGAAAAUUUGGGUGUCAUCUUUGCGAAACAAUACAUUGGCAGCUUUGUUGGGGAGCGUUUCCUUCUUUUAAAAACUCUACAAAGAAACAUUCCGACAAUAAUGGUGCCCGAUCCUCAGAAUUUUCCUGUCUAUCAAGGCAAAAUUCCGAUAAAUGUUAAGAAAAUUGAGGAUAUAAAGAAGCUUCAGCAAUAUAUUCCAGAUAAAUACAAGGAAUUUUACACCACUAUCUGCAAAUUGGCCUACUAUCUCCGCUAA